AUGGGCAGGGACACCUUCCACAGACCAGUGGACUGGGUGAUCUCAGAGGUGUUUCCCAGCCUGGCUGAUGAUCCUGUGAUUCAGGCUGUGUGUGUUCUGUGUGUUGCAGAGGAGUACACGUGCCUGUGGCAGGACUGUGGGUUCUGCUCCCCGGAGAGCCCCUCCGACCUCGUGCGCCACGUCUACUUCCACUGCUACCACACCAAGCUCAAGCAGUGGGGGCUGCGGGCCCUGCAGAGCCAGGGGGAUGUCAGCCACUGCCAGCUGGACUUCCAGAGCAGGAACAUCAUCCCUGAGAUCCAGGAGAACUUCCUGUGCCUGUGGGAGUACUGUGAGAGAUCCUUUGAUAACCCCGAGUGGUUCUACCGGCACGUGGAGGAUCACAGCUUCUGCUCCGAGUACAAGGCAGCAGGGAAGGAGAACCAUGUGGUGCUCUGUGGCUGGAAAGACUGUGACUGCAGCUUCAAGGGGCGCUGCAAACUGCGGGAGCACCUGCGCAGCCACACGCAGGAGAAGGUGGUGGCCUGUCCCACCUGUGGGGGGAUGUUUGCCAACAACACCAAGUUCUUCGACCACAUCCGCCGUCAGACCGCCCUGGACCAGCAGAGGUUCCAGUGUUCCCACUGCUCCAAGAGGUUUGCCACGGAGAGGCUGCUCCGCGACCACAUGAGGAACCACGUGAACCACUACAAGUGCCCUCUGUGUGACAUGACGUGCCCCCUGCCCUCCUCCCUGCGCAACCACAUUCGCUUCCGGCACAGCGAGGAGCGGCCCUUCAAGUGUGACUACUGUGACUACAGCUGCAAGAACCUCAUUGACCUGAGGAAGCACCUGGACACGCACAGCAAGGAGCCGGCGUAUCGCUGCGAGUUCGAGGCCUGCAGCUUCUCUGCACGGUCCCUCUGCUCCAUCAAGCUGCACUACAGGAAAGUCCACGAGGGUGACUCGGAGCCCCGGUACAAGUGCCACGUGUGUGACAAGUGCUUCACACGUGGGAACAACCUCACUGUGCACCUCAGGAAGAAGCACCAGUUCAAGUGGCCCUCGGGGCACCCUCGCUUCAGGUACAGGGAGCACGAGGACGGCUACAUGCGGCUGCAGCUGGUGCGUUACGAGAGCGUGGAGCUCACAGAGCAGCUCCUGAAGGACAGGGAGAAGCGUGGGGAGGCCCUCGAGGGCCCAGCUGAGUGCAUGGUGCUGCCUGAGGGGGAGGGCAACCUGCAGGGCAUCAUCCUGGAGCCCCCAGCAGACGCUCCCCUGGCAGAGGAGAACAGGGGCUCUGAGCUGUGCCCGGCCCCGUGCUCUGCUGGCAGCCCUGAGCCAGCACAGCCCAGCGCCUUCCAGGGAGCUGCACUGUCGUCAGAGCAAGAGCCCAGCACCUUCCCAGGGCCUGCUUUGUCCUCAGAGCAAGAGCCCAGCACCCCCAGCAGCCCCAUCAUCCGGGUGGUGAACAGGACCAACGAGCACGGGGAGAGCGAGACUGUGUAUUACGUGAUGGCCAGCACGGCCCCAGAGGAGCAGGGGCCAGCCCCUGCAGGGCUGGCUGUGGAGCUGGAGGAGAAUGUCAUGGACAGGCUGCAGAAGACAGCAGAGGAGCUGGGCAUCCAGAUUGUGUGAGGUGCUCCCAGGCCUCUGUGCGUGGGGAAAACUUGGGCCUCCGUGGGAUGUGCUGGUGG